AUGGACAACCACGUCGGCUCCCAGUCCCACUCGCAGGAGACCUUCCCCAUGGACGACGAGACGCAGGCCUUCUACGGGAGCCGCGGCGUCGACCUCCAGAGCCUCCAGCUCAACCUCAUCCGCGCCUUCACCUGCCUCUACUACUACGUCCUCCCCAGCCCUCCGUCCUUCCUCUCCAGCCCCGGCGCCGCCCCCGAUGUUCCUCCGCCGCCGCCGCCGCCCCAACAACCCCAAGCCGCCGUCGACCGCAUCUCGACCCUGCCAGACUCCUUCCUCAGGCGCGUCGUCUCUCUUCUCCCGAUCGAGGACGGCGCGCGCACCGCCGCGCUCUCCCGCCGCUGGCGCGGGGUCUGGCGCGCCGCGCCGCUGGUCCUCGCCGAUUCCGACCUGCUCCCCGCCGCCGCCGCCACCGCCGGCAGGCCCUGCCGCACCAUGCUCGAGGUUUCCCCCGCGGAAUCCAUGGCCGUCGCCGACGCCGUGACGCGCAUCCUCGCGGCCCACCAGGGCCCAAUCCGCUAUGCCCACAUCGUGUCCUGCUACAUCAAGCAGCUAAUCCCCGGGCUGCUCGCGCGCUGGCUGCAUCUGCUCGCCAUCAACGGCGUCCGGGAGCUGUUCCUCGUGAACCGGCCAUGGCCGCUCAACAUGAUCCUCCCCGUGGGCUUCUUCGGCAUCGCCACGCUGACCCGGCUCUACCUCGGUGCAUUCGCCUUCCCCGACACAGCGGCGCUCCCGCCCACCGUACAAUUCCCGCACCUGGAAGAGCUGGGCCUCCUGUGCGUGUACAUUCAGAACCGGGACAUGGAGUUCGUACUGGCCAGGACCCCGGUGCUGAAGACGCUUUGUAUCCAGAUGAACAUCUUGAUGACGCGCCUUAGGAUUGUCAGCCGCAGCCUUCGGUGCCUGCACAUCAUCGGGGGCACCGAGCUGGAUGUGCUCAUGGAAGACGCCCCGAUGCUGGAGAGGGUCAUCAUGUGGUCAACAUUGGUCCGGAAUGGCUCGCAGAGGAAGGUGAUUAAGAUUGGCUGUGCCCCCGCGCUGACUGUGCUUGGCUAUCUGGAGCCGGCGCUGCACGUGUUGGAGAUCGGCAACACCCUCAUCAAGGAUGGUACAAGGGCGAGUCGGAGCACCAUGGUCCCAAGUGUAAACAUCCUCGCUUUAAGAGUGUACUUUGGAGUCCACAACAAUGCUACGAUGCUAUCAAGCUUCCUGAGAUGCUUUCCGAACGUCAAGAGGCUGCAUCUGGAGUCGGAUCAUAAAACCGUUGAGCCGACUUGCAAGCUCAGCGUCAAUUUCUGGCAAGAAGGUGGUGCCAUUGAAUGUGUGCAGUCACACAUGGAGGUGAUGAUCUUCUAUGGCUUCCAAGGGGCACCCAACGAGCUUUCCUUCCUCCAGUACAUCCUGGAGAGUGCGCGGAUGCUGAAGAACCUGGUUGUUGUGUUCAGCAAGGGAAGUUUCACUUCAAAGGCCAAGGCGAACAAAAAACUGAAACCUCUGUUUGCUGGAAAAUGGGCCAAUCAAGACUGUUCACUGGUACAUGUCGAGAGUGCAGUUAAAGAAGGAGACGACAGGUUUUGGCUGAACUCCGAAAGCGGGUCGGAUUUUUCUAUAAAGGAUCCUUUUGUGAGGCAUCCUGCUCUUGGAUUGGAAAUCUGA